GUUCACAAUGGCACCUUUCGACCUCGACGCUUGCAUUCAGCAAUUACUAAGGAAACAGCUACUUCAUGAAGCCCUUUUGCGCGAAAUAUGCGAAAAAACGAAGGAGGUUCUUAUGCGCGAAAGCAACGUAGUUCAUGUCAGCGCACCUGUAACAGUUGUAGGGGAUAUCCACGGGCAAUUUUACGAUUUGAUAGAGAUAUUCAAGAUUGGCGGUCAUGCUCCUCAUACCAAUUAUCUAUUUCUCGGGGAUUAUGUCGACCGCGGAUUGUUCAGUGUAGAAACCAUAUCCUUAUUAACGUGCCUCAAGCUAAGAUACCCCGACCGUGUGCAACUUAUCAGAGGAAACCAUGAAUCGAGAGCUGUGACUCAAACAUAUGGGUUUUACACUGAAUGUGUUCGAAAAUAUGGAUCUUCUCACGUUUGGACAUACUUUACCGACAUGUUUGAUUUCCUUACCCUCUCUGUGGUCGUUGACGACAGAAUCUUUUGCGUACAUGGCGGUCUCUCUCCGUCAAUACAUUCGAUAGACCAAAUUAAAGUUGUAGACCGGUUUCGAGAGAUUCCUCACGAAGGCCCCAUGGCCGACUUAGUUUGGUCAGACCCUGAUCCUGAAAAGGAAGACUUUGCCAUAUCACCCAGGGGUGCAGGGUACACCUUCGGAUCUGGAGUUGUACAUAAAUUCCUCGAGAUCAAUAAGAUGUCUCACAUCCUCCGCGCACAUCAACUCUGCAUGGAAGGUUACGCGUCUUUAUUCGACAGACAUCUCUCCACGGUUUGGUCGGCACCUAAUUAUUGUUAUCGGUGCGGAAAUUCCGCAAGUAUUCUAGAAGUCGGACCAGGUGGAACCAUGUAUUUCAAUGUAUUCGAAGCAGCGCCGGAGAAUGAACGGGAUGGGCCGAAUCAACAAGCGCAGCAGAAUAUCGGAGGAAAACUUCCUGAAUAUUUCCUGUAACGGCGACAUCCCCCCCGGUUCUGUCUGUCUCGUUUGCAUUAGUUCCAUGAGGGAAAUCGGACAAUUACCGACAGGGCUGUUUGCUGGGCAUACUAUCCGUUGAACGGGCAUCUGAUUAUUCAGAUCAGCAUAACUGUUGUGUCGCGCUUACGGUUACCCUCGAAGGAUAUCUUCGUGCU